AUGGCUUCCCUGCAGCAUUACCAACACCAGAAGCGGCCAAGCAUCUCAAACUGGUUCUCGUCGCUACGCCGACAGCCAAAGAACAAGAAGGCCGGUGUAUUGCAAGACGGUGGCAAGCAUUUCCAGCGCAGUUGCAUCGACCUCAGUGGCAAGAGCACCUUCUAUGUGUCGCCAGCGGAGCUGCCGGGGCUGGGAGGCGUUGGCGGCACUAAUAAGAAGGGGCAGUGCUACCUGCCCAGCGCUGCAGCAUCUAUCGAUAAUCUGCAGGAUGAUGAAGAUGGCACCAGCGACGAUAAACGCGGACUGGUUAGCGGGAAACGUGUUUCGCAGCUGUGCUCGCGUUGCUGCUGUAGUAGCAAAUAUGCCGUGCCAUCACGCCCUGCAACGCCGCAAAUGCGGAAGCGCGCCGACACAACGCCAGCAAAAGUGACGACGCCAAUGGAGACAGCGACACCACCAAUACAAAAAUCACCGCUUUCACCUACCCGCACGCCCUAUACCAGCGUAGCGACUUACACCAUACCCGCGCUAACAGACAACCCCAUCUAUGAGGGCAUCUCGCACUCAACGACCUCAACGACGUCGACGACGACGCCCAUUACGCUAAACAGUCAACGCACUGUGGAGAAGGAAGUGAGCCGAAAUGUGCAGGUGACGCGCCUGCCUAGCGAUGAGCCGAAUACGCUGCUGCUAACGAAACGUUCAGAGUUCAAACGCUCGGUGACCACCACAACGCAGCACACUAUGGUGAUUACGCGUCCAGUUGAGCUGGUGUUGAACGAACGCGGUGAGGUGGUGGCGCGUCGACCGCAACGCGAGCGUACAAAGCAACGCUCCAAUAGUCUGGACAAUGUACUGAAUGAGGAUGAAGAGUCAGCGAGUGUGGGUGGCGGCGAGAGUGAUAGCGUGAAUAGUAUGCCAUGUUGCCCGCGUCUUGGCAUUAGUCCGCUCGCUGAUGUUGGUGGUGGUGAUUUGCGUUUUAUUGAUGAUAGUUCAACGUCACAAAGUGAAACGGAGCGCACGGCAUACAACAACAAGGAAAAUAAACUAAGUUGCAAUGCAACAAAAGCCAUUGUGAAAGGUCUACAAUUGAAUCUAAGUGGCAAUGGUGACGGUGACAACGGUUAUGACAACAACAAUUAUCUCUGUGAUGACUGCCGGAAUGUCUUGGUGCGAAACCGUAACAAUGCGGCCCAAAAUGCUGUGAUACUACGCAAUAAUAACAAGCAAAUCAAAGAUGAACUUGGUGAGGUGGUAUCGGAAAUGGAGGCGCUGGACGUGCCCGAAGAUAGUAAACAUUCCAAUAAAGAGAAACAAAUGUCCAUUGGGCGGAAAAAGUUCAAUAUGGAUCCAAAGAAAGGUAUUGAAUAUUUAGUAGAAAAUCGCCUGCUUCGACACGACGCACAAGAUGUUGCGCAUUUCCUGUAUAAAGGAGAAGGCCUCAACAAAACUGCAAUUGGCGACUACUUAGGCGAAAAGAACGACUUCAAUGAGGAUGUACUCAAGGCAUUUGUGGCGUUACACGAUUUUACGAAUCUAAUAUUGGUGCAAGCUUUAAGACAAUUCCUCUGGUCAUUUCGGCUUCCGGGAGAGGCGCAGAAAAUUGAUCGUAUGAUGGAAUGUUUCGCACAGCGCUACUGCCAACUCAAUCCGGAUAUAUUUACUAACACCGAUACGUGUUAUGUGCUAAGUUUCGCCAUAAUUAUGCUCAAUACAUCACUGCACAAUCCAUCGGUGAAAGACAAGCCCACCGUUGAGCAGUUCAUUUCGAUGAAUCGUGGCAUUAACAACGGCGGUGAUCUACCCCGCGGCCUACUAGAAUCCCUCUACGAAUCAAUACGAACAGAACCGUUUAAAAUACCACAAGAUGAUGGUAAUGAUUUAAUGCAUACAUUCUUCAAUCCAGACAAAGAGGGCUGGUUAUGGAAGCAGGGUGGACGUUAUAAAUCCUGGAAACGACGCUGGUUCAUAUUGAACGAUAAUUGUCUGUACUACUUCGAGUACACCACGGAUAAAGAGCCCAGAGGGAUUAUACCGCUGGAAAAUAUAUGUGUACGUGAGAUACACGAUCGCAGCAAACCUCAUUGUUUUGAAUUGUUUGCUACCGGUGGCGCUGAUAUUAUCAAAGCAUGUAAGACUGACUCCGAAGGAAAGGUUGUGGAAGGUAAACAUACUGUUUACCGUAUGUCUGCGGCAACCGAAGAGGAUCAACAAGAAUGGAUUAAACGCCUGACACAGUCCAUUAGUCACAAUCCAUUCUACGAUAUAUUGGUACAAAGAAAAAAGAAGGCACUUAGCAAAAGUUAGUAUUGUGUGGCGGGCAUAGCAAUGUUGACAAUCCAAAUGAUGGAUCUCAGUGAGCCUCGCCACCGCAAAAGCGAGGAGAAGAAACAGUGUUUAUCCUGCCGCCGAUACCGCCACCGUCAACGUCGCCAAAGUCGUCAACGUAAUCGUCGCUAUUGUGGCCGUUACCACUGCCGCUGCCGUCAUAUCUGUUGCAUGCGCCGCAGAGUUGCUACACUCUAUGGCAAAUGAGAGCGCGUAACUGUUAGCCAGCAUCCUUUGAGGAGAAAUAGAGGGGAGGAGCAAACAAAAGACUGUUGUUAAUAGGUAGAAGGCCUCACAUCAGCAUGAAGUUGCAAGUGCUGUGCUGAUUUAGUAAUGACGUAGCGAUGGAGGGCGGUUAUUUGGGGUCCUGCUCAGCGCCGAAAUGCCGGAUGGUUUGCAUGCAGACAACAGUAGUGGAUAGACGAACAGAAAAGUGAAUUGUAAAGGAAUGGCUGUUGUGACGCGUGUUUCUAACUUCUAAAAAAAUACUUACUCAUAUACAAAUGUAUGACUCACGAGAAGUCAGCUGUAGUGUAAUAACGAAAAUAAGCGUAACUUAUGAAUGUUUGUUUGGUAAUUUAGAGAGCUUGUCGAUCAUUUAUGUAUGCGUUUUUUAUGUCCUGUGUAUGAUGAUUAUUAUGGUAACUUCUUGAUCGCACGCGCGCACAAAACGCAGUUGUCUUUAUUGUUGUGAUAUAAUUUAUAACUUAUGCUUAAAUUUUGUAUUGUAUUAAACAAUCGUUUAUUAUUUUGUUACUUUAAUGGAUUAUGAGAGAAAAAUUCUAAUGCUAGAAGAAAUUAAUGUUAAUGUAAAACUAUGAUUAUACUAUGUAAAAAUCCACAUACAGUUUGAAAAUGCUAUACUGCAACAUAUCGUGCGAAAGCUGGACUUAUGUAUGUCUAAUUAAUCUUAUUCAAUUGCCUGUAAUGAGAAGAAUUGUAAUUAUAAUUAUAAAAACAAAAAAAUGCCUGCUUAGUUUUUCCAUAUACACAUGUAAGCAUGUUUUGUAAAAACUAAUUAAAAAAAAUUAUUAUAACAAAAACAAAAAAAAACGAAAUGCUCAGCAAUAAAUCUAGUUAGACGCACGCACGCAUGUGUCUGUAUAUUUAAAUAAUAAAAAAGAAAAACAA